AUGAUAGAACCACCAGUAAAACGCAGCUUUGCAGGAGCUGUACUCGACUAUCUAGGAACCCGCUACGUCGGCGCAGGCCCCGAAACAUGCAGCUACACGACCCAAGCCAUCCAAAUCCCGAUGCGAGACGGCAUCGAACUAGCUGCCGACUUCUACGAACCAGAAUUACCCCAUGGGGAAAGGGAAACACCAACUGGCCUGAUAUUGAUCCAGUGUUGCUACGGUCGCGGCGCGGGUAUCUCCUUCCUCAAUGCCCGUGUCUUCGCUGCCCGAGGCUUCCAAGCCCUCUUCGUGAGCACGCGAGGCACGUCUGGCUCCGGCGGCGUGUUUGAUCCUGGCAGUAAUGAACAGUCUGAUAGCCAGGAUAUCGUGGUGUGGAUGCGCCAGCAGCCCUGGUAUCAUGGCUCCUUUGCGACUCUGGGCCCCUCUUAUCUUGGCUACAGCCAGUGGGCGCUGUUACAUGACCCACCCACUGACUGCGUCGCUGCGGUAAUCCCCGUUGCGCCUCAUGACCAGGCCUGGCAUGCGUGGGGAACGGGUUCUUUCCGUCUUGAUCGCGCCUCUUGGAGUGAUAUGAUGUCUAAGAGAGAUGACGAGAAGAGCAGUUUCCUCUCCCGACUGGCAAACAUACCAGGCUUGAGCUUUUUGCGGUCGCCAGAGCUUGAACGAGCGGUCGGUGGUCUACCGUUGGAAGAUAGUUUGCAGAAAUACUUUGGUGACAGGGCUCCGUGGCUGUUCGAGUAUCUCCAACAUCCCGAUGUUGAUGAUGUCUACUGGACCUCGCGCCGACACCACGUUGCUCUUGAGCGGGCGAAGAUUCCCAUUUUGCUGAUCAGUGGCUGGUAUGAUACAUUCACAACCCAGACGAUCCACCAGUUCAAGUAUUUGCAUGAGCGAGGUGUUAAUGUGAGCCUGAUCGUUGGCCCAUGGACGCACGUUCAGGGCUCGGGUCUGUACUCAGUCCCAGACAAAUUAGAUUUCCUCGGUGAGCAUCUUACCAAAGAUGGAAAAUACAAACAUCCACCAGCUCGCAUCUUUGUCACUGGCUCUGAACAAUGGCGAUCGAUGCCUACUUGGCCCCCACCGACUGAAUCGAAGACUUUAUAUCUACAAGAAAACAACAGCCUUGGAUUCAAGCCGCCCGUGCCAGACGCAAGCCCAGCAUCUUUCAUCUUCGAUCCCCUAGCUCCUACCCCAAGUAUUGGCGGCAAUCAAAUGUCUGCCGGUGGACGGGUAGACGAUAGCGCCUAUGCAGAUCGAUCAGACGUGCUAGUCUUCACAAGCGAGCCUCUCUCGGAAGACCUCGAGGUUCUGGGCGCCCUAUCCGUUCAUCUAAUCCAUGAAAGCGACCCGCCCUUCGCGGAUCUGUUCGUGCGAAUCAGCGAAGUCGACGCUUAUGGUGUAUCCCAUAAUAUCACGCAGCUAUACCGGGCGCUUGAACCUUCGCGUGAUACGUCUCAGCCUCUCAUUUUAGAGCUGCAAGAUUGCGCGCAUCGGUUCCGGGUGGGCACGAGGGUGAGGCUGAUUGUUGCAGGCGGGUCUUUCCCGAUGUAUGCGAGAAGUCUGGGGACUGUCGAGGAUCGCGUGCGAAGUGAUAAGACGGUUGCUCAGAAACAUACUGUGACUAUUUCUGGCGGCGUGUCGCAGCUGAUCUUACCCGCCAAUCCUGCUGAUUGA